AUGACAAUUGUUUACGAAAAAAUAUUUCUAUGGAUAAAACUCCCAUAACUAAACUAAACAAAAAAUUUUUUAUACAACAAAAAUGGAUAUGUCUAAAUUCGAGCCAAAUUCAAACGAAUUUGCAAGCCAUUGGCCUUAUAUUGCCGGUUUAUUUGCAUUAAUAGCGAUCUUUCUGUCAUUGUUUGAAAUUUUUAAACACAUGCAAUAUUAUAAUAAACCAUAUCUUCAAAAAUAUAUCGUUCGAAUAUUAUGGAUGGUGCCAAUUUAUGCUUUAAAUUCGUGGUUAGCUAUGUUUUUUCCACAAACCUCAAUUUAUAUGGAUACAUUACGUGAAUGUUAUGAAGCGUUUGUAAUUUAUUCUUUCAUGAAAUAUCUGUUCAAUUUUCUACAAAAUGAUGUCGACGAAUACGAAAUUCUUGUCGAUUGCAAACCAAGUGUUCCAAAUAAUUUUCCAUUUUGUUUUUUCCCACCAUUACCGGCUGGUCGAAAAUUUAUUCAAUUCGUACGACAUGCAAUGAUUCAAUACAUUGUAUCUCGACCUGUAACCACAUUUUUGGCAUUGAUUUUUCAAAUUUUCGGAGUUUACUGUGAAGGAAAUUUCAGUUUAAAUUAUGGUUAUAUUUAUUUGUUAAUCAUAAAUAAUCUUUCUCAAAUGGUUGCCAUGUAUUUUCUAGUCAUGUUCUAUCAGAAUUAUAAGCGUGAACUUGCACCUAUGAGGCCAUUGGGAAAAUUUUUAAGCAUCAAAGCUGUGAUUUUUUUCUCUUUUUUGUAAGUCACUUUUUAUUCAAAAAAAUUUUUCUGAAGACAAACUGAAAUAUUUUUUUCGAACAGCCAAGGCGUCUUAUUAUCUUUAUUGAUAAAAUUGGGUAUAAUAACCAAAUCAUUCAUACCAUCAAGCACUCCAGAUAUAUCUACAAAUGAAAUGUCGAGAAACUUACAAGAUUUUAUUAUUUGUUUUGAAAUGUUAAUUGCUGCAAUUGCACAUAUUUUUGUUUUUUCACAUAAACCAUUCAUUGAUGAACAACGUCAAAGUAAUCCAGUGUUUUAUUCAUUUUCCCGUAUUGUAGACAUGACUGAUGAAAGAACAGAUGUUGCCGAUCAUUUUAGACAGAUAGGAAAUCGAAUGAAAAAUUUUUGGCCAUCUUCACAGCAAAGUAACUAUACAAACAUUGAAGUUUCAUCCACAGCUCCUUUGAUACCGAUGCAAAGUAUCAUGGAUUAUAAUGGCGGCCUUGUCAUUGCGAUGAAAGGCAAAAAUUGUGUAGCUAUCGCUGCUGAUCGUGCUUUGACCGCACAAAAUCAUGCCAUUUCGUUUAAUUACCAAAAAAUAUUUGAAGUUAAUCCUCAUAUUUAUGUUGGUUUACCUGGUUUGGCUACGGAUACGAAAACUGUUGCCCAAAGAGUUAAAUUUCGUGUCAAUCUUUAUGAAUUGCGUGAAAAUCGCCGUAUUAAACCAAAAACAUUUGGUUCAAUGAUAAGCAAUAUGCUAUAUGAACGAAGAUUCGGUCCAUAUUUUGUUGAACCAGUUAUUGCUGGUAUUGAUAGCAAAACCGGAGAAUCAUACAUUGCCGCUUCUGAUAUCAUCGGAUGUAUAAACGAGCCAGAUGAUUUUGUUGUAUCGGGAACUUGUACUGAACAAGCUUUUGGUAUGUGUGAAACACUUUGGAAGCCAGACAUGGAACCAGAUGAUCUUUUCGAAACUAUUUCACAAUCACUCAUGUCGGCGUUUGAUCGGGAUGCUAGUUCCGGGUGGGGAGGCAUUGUGUAUAUUAUCGAAAAAGAUAAAGUAACCGUUAAAGCUCUUAAAACUAGAAUGGAUUAAUCACUUUAUAAUAAUGAUAAAAAUUUUUAAUGAAAUUGAAUGAAAUAAAAAAACAUUUUUAUAUUUGUUUACAAUGAA